CUGGAACGCUCUCAUCAUCUGGGCUUGAGAAACCCAAAGGAAGUGCGCGCGACACAAGCGCGAACCGAGUUUGAAAGUGAUUUAACGGUUGAUUCGUUUAUUUCUUAAUUCGGAUGCGAGUAAACAAUCAGCCGUUUCCGGGUGUAACGAGAAAGUAUUGACUCAUGUGUCUGUAUCGGCUCCUGUGUCAGCUGUUUUGCUGAAGUAAAAUCGUUUUUUUUUUCGGGAUAGCACAUGAAUGACCAAGCUUACGGACGCAAGCUAAGUUGGUUAGCUGAUUCGCUAACAUUUAACGACAUUUAACGACUUUUGGAUUGGCAUUAAAGCUGAAAAUACUUCAGCUCCAAACAAAUCUCUCCUUUUUUUGCUGCAAGGACUGUAUAUUUAUAUAUAUAUAAUAUAUAUAUUAAUAUAUAUAUUUUUUGCGGAUAUAUUUAAUCGUUCAUGUGUCGCUUCAAAAAGUAGGUUUUCAGACAAGAUGCUAGAUGGUGAGUGGAAAGGCUGUGCGUAAUGCUGAAACGACUUAUCCAGAGUCACAAUGAGUGUCACAGAUGGCGAGGGCACAGCUAGCCAAGAUGGUCGGGCCUACGUUCUUCAAAUCUACCCCCGCCUCACCUUGGAGACGGCACCAUGCUGCAUAGUCAGAGUGUGCAAAGAGGCCACAGCGGCCACCGUCAUUCAAGACGCAGCUGCCACUCUAGGCCUGGAUGCCGGCAAGUGCUACGUACUGGCUGAGGUGAAGGAGAGCGGAGGGGAGGAGUGGGUCCUGGAGGCCACAGAUCUGCCGGUGCACAGGGUUUUACUGUGGCCCAGGAAAGCCCAAGAGGAGCAUUCACAGAGCGAGGGAUUCUACUUCAUCCUGCAAGAACGCAAUCACGAUGGCACCAUCUGCUAUGCUCACCUUCCAACUGUAAGCAGAGAGCAGGAUGCUCAGCACCUGGUGGCUCGAGGAUUUCUGCCUCCACGCCACGAGGACUUCAACGACCUCUGCAACCUUCCCAUUCUCAACGAGGACACUAUCUUGGCCAACCUGCACAGCCGUUUCCAGAAGAAGAAGAUCUACACAUAUGCUGGCAGCAUCCUUGUUGCCAUCAACCCUUUUAAGUUCCUUCCCAUCUACAAUCCCAAGUACGUCAAGAUGUAUGAGAACCAUCAGCUGGGCAAACUGGAGCCCCACAUUUUUGCCAUUGCAGAUGUCUCGUACUAUGCUAUGCUGCGCAAGAGAAUCAACCAGUGCAUUGUUAUAUCUGGGGAGAGCGGCUCGGGCAAAACGCAAAGCACUAACUUUUUGAUCCACUGCCUGACUGCUCUGAGUCAAAAAGGAUAUGCAAGUGGUGUAGAGAGGACCAUCCUGGGAGCGGGGCCUGUCCUGGAGGCAUUUGGCAACGCAAAGACAGCCCACAACAACAACUCCAGCCGCUUUGGGAAGUUCAUACAAGUCAACUACCUGGAGAGUGGAGUGGUCCGUGGGGCAGUGGUCGAGAAGUACUUGCUGGAGAAAUCCCGCUUGGUUUCCAGAGAAAAGAAUGAAAGAAACUACCAUGUGUUUUAUUACCUGCUGGUGGGGGUGUCUGAUGAGGAACGCAAGGAGUACAAGCUCCUGCAGCCAGAGAACUACAACUACCUCAAGCAGCAAAACUUUACUAUAGAGGAUGCAGACGACCUUCGGCACGACUUUGAGCGUCUGCAGCAGGCCAUGGAGAUGGUGGGCUUCCUGCCCACCACCAAAAAACAGAUAUUCUCAGUGCUGUCAGCCAUUUUGUACCUGGGCAACAUCAGCUACAGCAAGAAAGCCACAGGCAGGGACGAGGGACUGGAAGUGGGACCACCAGACGUGCUUGCUAAACUCUCAGAACUUCUUAAGGUCAAAGAAGAGCUGCUAGUCGAGGCUCUUACAAAGAGGAAAACGGUUACAGUUAAUGAUAAGUUGAUCCUUCCCUACAGCCAAAGCGAGGCGAUCACAGCACGGGACUCCAUGGCUAAGUCUCUGUACAGUGCUCUGUUCGACUGGAUUGUCCUGCGCAUCAAUCAUGCGCUGCUCAAUAAGAAGGACAUGGAGGAGUCCAUUCCGUGUUUGUCCAUAGGUGUACUGGACAUCUUUGGCUUUGAAGACUUUGAGACUAAUAGCUUUGAGCAGUUCUGCAUCAACUAUGCUAAUGAACAACUGCAGUAUUACUUUAACCACCACAUCUUCAUGCUGGAGCAGGAGGAGUAUCAGGCCGAGGGAAUUACAUGGCACAACAUAGACUACACUGAUAACGUGGGCUGCAUUCACCUUAUCAGCAAGAAACCUACUGGACUCCUCUAUUUACUGGAUGAGGAGAGCAAUUUUCCACAUGCCACAGAUGGAACCUUGCUAGCCAAAUUUAAACAGCAGCAUGAGAGAAACCUUUAUUUUGUGGCCACACCUGUGAUGGAGCCGGCCUUCGUCAUCCGCCAUUUUGCUGGGAAAGUCAAAUACCAGAUCAAGGAUUUCCGGGAGAAGAACACGGACCAUAUGCGACCGGACAUUGUGGCCCUGUUGCGCAGCAGCGAUCGGGCCUAUGUGCGCCAGCUGAUCGGGAUGGACCCGGUGGCUAUGUUCCGUUGGGGCAUCCUCCGUGCCGCCGUCCGUGCCCUUGCUGCCUUCAAUGAAGCUGGACGUCGCUGGGCUGCUAAAACCUCUGGUGUAGUGAGACCCGUUUCAAGAGUUCCACUUGGAGAGCUGCAGAGGUCCAACACGCCCAUUGAGAUGAUGUAUCGCCGGGCCUCUAUGCUUGAUUUCUCGUUUGAUCUCUCAGAAGAGCGCCCCCUAGAGGCUUUUGAAGACAUCUUUGCUAGUUAUGAAAGUAAAAAUGACAUGCACGCCCAAAUUAUCAGCUCCAUUAAGGACUUGGAGUUGGAUGGCGAAGACCCACGUAAGCUGCUUCAGUCUUGGGGUCGCCUGCGCUUCCCACGCAACCUUCUACAGAAGAACAAGCACACCAAGCACAAGCAGCUGAUUCCCAAGAACCUGCUAGACUCGCGCUCACUGAAGUUCGUUGUUGGCCUUCAUGACCGCACUACCAAGUCUUUGCUUCACCUGCACAAGAAGAAGAGACCACCAAGUAUCAGUGCUCAAUUCCAGACUUCCCUCAGUAAGCUGCUGGAAACUCUAGUGAAGGCUGAACCCUUCUUCAUCCGCUGUCUGCGCUCAAAUGCUGAAAAGAAGGAGAUGUUUUUUGACGAGGCACUGAUCCUGCAGCAGCUACGUUACACGGGCAUGCUGGAGACGGUGCGUAUCAGGAGGUCAGGAUACGGUGCCAAGUACACCUUCCAGGAGUUCAUUGAACACUUUCAUGUGUUGCUGCCAAAAGAUGCAUCUUCUCCAGAAGAAAUCUCAACUCUGCUGAAGAAACUUGACUUGGACCCCAAGACAUACCAGAUCGGCAAAACUAGGGUAUAUCUCAAAGAGUUGGAAAGACAAAAGCUUAAGGACGCACUCCACAAAGACGUUAUGCGCAAAAUCAUUUUCCUGCAGUGCUGGUUCCGAGCUAAAUUGCAGAGAAGGGAGUUCCUUCAGAUGAGACAGGCAGCCAUAGUUCUACAGCGCUCAUGGCGUGACAUCCGCAAGAGACGCUGGCUGGCAGCAACUUUGAUUCAGGCCACAUGGCGAGGAUUCAAACAGAGAGCAGAAUACCAGAACCGGCGAGCCUCUGUAACCAAAAUCCAGGCUCAGGUCCGAGGCCAUUCCGCUCGAAGAAGGUACAAUUCUCUGAAAGAAGAGAAGAGGAAGCGAGAGGAGGAAGAAGCCCAACGGAGGAAAGUGGAGGAGGAAGAGGCAGCCAGGCGAGUCCAGGAGGCAGCAGAGGUUGCUCGAAAACUACAGGAGGCUGAGGAGGCAGCCCGACAAGAGAGAGAGGCAGUUGAGGCUGCCAGAAGGGCACAAGAGGAAGCAAAGAGACAAAGAGAUGCUGAAGAGGUGGCUAGAAAGGAGAAGGAGGCAGAAGAGGAGGCAAAAAAGCUCUCUGAACUGAAGACAAAGAAGGAAGCGCCAGAGGCGCAAAUAAAUAAUCAGGCUGUCAUAGAAAUGGACAGAAAGAAUGAUGGCAGUGAUUUCGCACAGAAUUUGGUGGAAGAGGAAAGCCAGCAGUCUGAGGCUGGUCCUCAGCAUAAAGUAGAGCUUCAGGAUGAUCAAGUAGCACAUGAACACAAUAAGCCUUUGGAAGUCUUAGAUAAGCACAAUGAAGAUAUGAAAACUGAAAAAGAAGCUAACAAAGAGUCUAAUAUCAUAUCAACAGGAAAAGGUAUUCAAAUUAAAGUCAGUGCUGCCAAUACAGUUACUGAUAUUGUCCUCCCUAAAACAGAAGAUCAUGUAAAAAGCUCCCAAACUGGCAACCUAACAACUAACACCAUUCAGCCUGAUCCAGGCCAGCAAAGGGCUCCAAUUAUGGGGAAACUUCCUGCUUCCCGGAGUCAGGAAAAGAGAGAACUGAGAAGGCAGCGUGGUUUAGAACACAGCCAGAGGGAAAGUGUUCGUGCAGCUGCAGCAGGUAAAGAUGAGAGCUGCAAAGAACUGGACCACUACACCUUCAUAUCCCAGAAAAGCGAGAAGACUAAGAAAGAGACUGAAGAGAAGGUAAAGAACAAAGCUUUGACUCCAAUCAGGCCUACAACUUUACCCCUGGAAGUGCCUGCAUCUGAUGAGCCCAAACACACUCCAAAGACCCAGGAUGUGCGAACUCGGGAAAAGAGCAACACCCAGCCUGAGAGCAUGUUAAAAGCAUGUUCCCUGCAGGAUCCGCGCACUAAAACGUUAAAGACCUCCCGGUCAUUAGAUGAUGUUACAGAGUUUAAGACCUCAGAAGUCCCCACAGUUUGGCAGCCUCUGCCUCGUGUUGUUGAGGGUUCUCAUGGAGGAAGAACAAGCAGCGUGAAAAGGUCAUCGCAGGAUGACAGCCCUCAAACCCAUCCUCAAACUCCUGAAAGAUCAACAGGCUUCUUCCGGAAAAUCCUGAAGAAACGUCCUCAUAAAGAGGCUCAAACUCCAGAAGAUGGAGACCUGGUGCUGGCGGCGUCUUUCAGUGAAAAAGAAGGCAUCCCCUCCAACACUUCACGCACACAUCAUUCAGAGGCUCCCAGUGGACGUCCUAGUCGAAACCCCACUAUUAAGAUCAGCCGUGCCACACGAGUCACAGAGCAAUGGAAUGCCUCGCUGGACCGAGAGAUCACCAAUGCCAACGAGCUCCAGCACCUCGACGAGUUUUUAGGAAAUCAGGUUAAUGACCUGCGCUCAAGAGGAAAGCAGCUGUCAGCGACAGAGCACAUCUUUAUCACAGCCACCAUGCAGUUCAGAGAGAACAUCAAAAGCAUGUACUCUCUUUCAAAGCCUCACAUUGGAUAUAAGGGUCUGAUGAGAGGCUACCAGAGCAAGGUGAUCAGUUUAGCUGGCGAGCAGCAGAAGGGUGAGGUGCAGCUCGUUGUUAAUCUGUUCCAGUCUGUGCUCGACGGGUUUAUCAGGGGAGAGAUCAAAAGAGAAGAGGCUGAACCUGUGAAGCCACCAAAAGGUCGUAAAAAGAGGAGGAAAAAAGACAAACACAUGGAGAGUCCACUGGACCACGUGUUCAGCAAUUUCCAGGUGAACAUAAUGCAGUCAUGUGACCAGUGUUCUUCCUACAUCUGGGGGAUGGAGAAAGCCUAUAUGUGCAGCUAUUGCAAGCUGGUUUGCCACAAGAAAUGUCUGUCCAAAAUUGUCACAGACUGUAACACUUACUGCUCAAAAAAGAACGACGAGGACUCCAGUUCUCAGCACUUUGGUGUGCAUGUGUGUCGCCUGGUCACCGAUAAGGUCCCGGUCCCCAUGGUUCUGGAGCUAAUGCUGGAACACGUAGAGAUGAAUGGUCUCUAUACUGAGGGUAUCUACAGGAAGUCUGGCUCUGCUAACCGCAUGAAGGAGCUCCGGCAACUUCUCGAAGCUGAUCCUAAUGCAGUGUGUUUGGAGGACUACCCCAUCCACACUGUAACAGGUUUGGUGAAACAGUGGCUGAGGGAGCUCCCUGAACCCCUAAUGAUGUUUAAUCACUACAACGACUUCAUCCUUGCAGUAGAAUUACCUGAAAGGCAGGAACAACUUCAGGCCAUCUACAGGCUAAUAGAGGAGCUCCCUACAGCCCACUACCAGACUCUAGAGAGACUCAUUUUCCACCUAGUUAGGGUGUCGAGGGAAAAGAAGAGUAACCGGAUGACCUCAAACUCCUUGGCCAUUGUUUUCGCCCCUUGCAUCCUGCGUGGUCCUGACAGUGCUGACCCACUACUCAGCAUGAAAGACGUUGCCAAGACGACCAUGUGUGUAGAGAUGCUGAUUAAUGAGCAGAUGAGGCGGUACAUUGAAAGGCUGGAGGAAAUUGAACAGCUAGAGUAUGCUGAGACGCUGGCAAAGAACCAACUCAAACUGAAGAGAAGCAACACAAGCUGGCCUUUACCUCUAAGGUUUACCUCUCCUUAUAAAGGAGUAGCGGUGAAGGAGAAACCUACUGACCUUUGUGUGGUUCCUGAGAAUGAACCACUUGACUCAGACACAGAGGCUGAAAGGAACUUGGUGGAGCGAAUCAAGUCCAUCAAACAGGAGAAAGAGGACCUAGUCUGUAGUCUACCAGAUAUGGAGCAGCCAGGUUCAGAUCAGGAGAAUCUGGACUCGGAGGCCUCGGCUAGUUCAGAGAGUCUGUUAGAUGAUCGGUCUCACAGUUUGGACAUGGAAGGUAGAAUGAUUGCCGUAACACACAUCCAUGUACCUAAACCCUCUAGCUCCUCCUUGUCACCCCUGUUGACUUCAUCAGCAAGUACGAACUCCUGUUCCUCCAAUCCUGCAUCCGCAUCCUCCAGAAAUCAGCUCCAGCGCCGGCAUCCCAUCAUCCCCUGCACGCUUCGCUUGCCCCCUGGCGUCUUCACACUUGUACAGAGACGGCCACGGCCUGGACGCCGUAAAGACAGCAUUCAGUCACUCUUCAUUGGCUCUGGAACUGAACUAGAUGCCUUGUCCUCUCCAUCCUCUUCCUCUAUCCCGCAGGAACUCCUCCUCUCUUCCAGACGCUUCUCAGACCCUGACAUUGCUCAUAUCCAAGAUGGCGUUUGAUUCACGCCUAACAGAACGGUUCAGCCAGGAUGACUGGUUCUGCUCACCAAGCACUUUUCCUCUUCAUUAUUAAUGAUAUAGAAUUUUUAAUAGACUUUUUAAGUGCAGUUUUGUGGUGCAGCCUCAUGGGUGCUAUCAUGAAUCUAAACUCUACAAUAUUUUUUCUAUUAUUAUUUUAUGGUCAAAGAGCAUGAUGUUGCACCUUUUUGCUUCUUUUUCCCUUUAAGUUUUUAAUUGUGCCUUUGGUCUCUUGUCAGUGUAUAAAUUCAUGUUGGUUUGAGGAAAAGUAUGAGGUUGAAACACUUUUUAAAAAAAAUAAAUAAAAAUAAACCCAGAAAUGUUUACAACCAUUUUCCACCAACACAUUGCUGGUGCAGAUUCUGAGGACCAGAAUUUUUUUUUUUUAGCAAUUAGCAAGUUUCUUCAUUUUCCUUUUGCCUUCAAGCAUUUUUCAUUCAGAGUUAAAUUCUUAAAAUGUACACAGGACAAAGAGAGAGCAGGAUGUAUGUCAAGUAUGGAAUACUAGCUAUUUAUUCUCAGUGUACAGUUGCACAGGUUCAUUCACAUCUUGGAUAAACAAUUGAUCCUGAUACUAAACGGGUCACUGAUUAUUGUUGCAAUAUUCAUUUUUACAACUUUUGCAGUAUGUAGUGGUUUUAAUGGUAUGUAAAUAACUUCACUACCAUUUUUUGUUUGUUUGUUUUUGUUUUUUUUUUGUUUUUUCCUUCUCCAUAUCAGUUCUUGCUGUAUUGUAAUGCUGGAAACGGUUCAUCAUUAAUCACCACACACCACGUUGGUGGAAAAGCUCUUUUAAUGAACAUCUCAAUCUGUGUUGUCUCAUGGAUCAUUUUAAUCGUGCAAAGGAGCAAAAACAGCAUGAGCCACUUUCUCUCUGGUUGAAGAGACCCAGACGAAGCAACAUGAAAAAUGUCUGUACUUUUUACAGUUCAGUUUUACAGAAAAUUAACCAUAACCUGGAUCUUUUUAGUAAUUAGUAGGAUGCUGCGCUUAACGUCAUUGGGAGUAUCUGAGAAGAACUGUGUACUGUGUUUACUAAUGAUGUCACGUGUUUAACCCGCUGGUGUGUUUUGUGCCAUGUUGAUGUGUAGCGAGUGAGAACGGAUGUAUGAUUACAGUUUUAAAUGUCAUGCUUGCUUUUUUGUUUGUUUGGUUUUUUUUUUUUUUUUUUGUGGUGGGGCCAUGUUUGUACUCUUAAGUGGCGAAUGUUUCUGUUCUGCAUCUAAUGGACAGAUUUAUCGAAUUAUUUUCUUACAAUACACUUUGUACUUGCCUGCACAUUUGCCUGAUUUUCAUUCUUAAAAGUCUCAGAUUGGA